AUUCCAUCCGGCUUCUUUGCGACGCUCAGACAUUCUCACCAUGAAGCUCCUGUCACUGUUUCUGGUCGUGAUGGUGACCCUGUCUGGCCUGAUCGGCUGGGCCAGCGCUAUGCCUGACCCCGACCCAGAGGCUGACCCAGCUGGCUUCGGCAGGUUUCAUGGCGGAGGUGGUGGUCAUGGCUUCCACAGGGGGCACGGUCAUGGAGUUGGAAGGGUUCAUGGCCAAGGCUUUGCAAGGGCACACAGUCGUGGCUUCGGUGCUCGCCAUGGUCAAGGCAUUUACGGAUAAUGAAAAGGACGCCACAUAUCUACCACUGCAAUCAACUCACAUAUAUAUCAGAAGAGAUGCAUUAGAUUGUUAUACUAUACUGUGGUAGAAUUCACCUAUUUGUUCCAGAAAUAAAUUGCAUAAUCAAAAA